AUGAGGUUUCGGGAGCCUUUCCUGGGCGGCAGCGCCGCGAUGCCGGGCGCGUCAUUGCAGCGGGCCUGCCGCCUGCUCGUGGCCAUCUGCGCGCUGCACCUCCGCGUCACCCUCGUCUACUACCUGUCCGGCCGGGAGUUGAAUCGCCUGCCCCAGUUAAUCAGAGUGCCCUCCCCACUGCACGGGGGCUCGGGCGGCACCACCGCCUCCUGGCAGACCUCCGGAGAACUCUGGCUCCAACAGGCCCCACCGCCAGUGCCUUGGCGCUCCACUUCUGAUCCCCGCCUGGACCCUCGGAGCAGCCGGACUGCGGCCCCGGUGCCAGCCACAUCCGUGCUGCUGCCCCCUGCCUGCCCCGAGGAGUCCCCUCUGCUUGUUGGCCCCAUGAUGAUCGAGUUUAACAUGGCUGUGGACCUACAGCGUGUGGCAGAACAGAACCCGGCGGUAAAGGUGGGCGGCCGCUAUGCUCCCAGGAACUGCGUCUCUCCUCACAAGGUAGCCAUCAUUAUUCCAUUCCGCGACCGGCAAGAACACCUCAAGUACUGGCUGUAUUACUUGCACCCAGUACUGCAGCGCCAGCAGUUGGAUUAUGGCAUCUAUGUUAUCAACCGGGAUGGAGACUCAAUGUUCAAUCGUGCUAAGCUCCUCAAUAUUGGCUUUCAAGAGGCCUUGAAGGACUAUGAUUACAACUGCUUUGUGUUUAGUGACGUGGACCUCAUUCCAGUGGAUGACCAGAAUACCUACCGGUGCUUUUCACAGCCACGGCACAUUUCUGUGUCCAUGGACAAGUUUGGAUUUAGCCUGCCUUAUGUUCAGUAUUUUGGAGGUGUUUCUGCUCUGAGUAAAGAGCAGUUUCUCACCAUCAAUGGAUUUCCUAAUAAUUACUGGGGCUGGGGAGGUGAAGACGAUGACAUUUUCAACAGAUUAGUUUUUAAAGGCAUGUCUAUAUCUCGCCCAAAUGCCGGGAAAUGUCGGAUGAUCCGCCACUCAAGAGACAAAAAAAAUGAACCCAAUCCACAGAGGUUUGACCGAAUUGCACACACAAAGGAGACAAUGCGCUUGGAUGGUUUGAACAUGCUCAGCUACAAGGUGUUGGCCGUAGAGAGACAACCGUUGUAUACCAAAAGCACAGUGGACGUUGGGAAGCCAAGCUAGCAUUUUGAUACACUACUCAGAGACUUGAAAAUGGCCAGGGGUCUCUGCUUGGGCUCCAGCCAAUCUGCUGGGCUGGUCCCUCUCGUUUUUACCAAUCAGAGUGACAGGCCCCCCUCACUCACCAUUCAGAUGCCUUUCCAGAUGACCAGGAUGACUGGGAUAUUUUGUCCCCAACUUGGCUUGGCACAUGACUUCUUAGCUCUCAGUGGUG